UUCGAGAAAAACGGAAAAGCCUUUAUAUCAACCAUUUCACUCACAUUUCGGAGAACAAGCAUCAUCCAGGACCAGUGAGGAGAAAGUACAGCUCAUGUUCCACCAUAUUUCUGGACGACAGCACUGUCAGUCAACCCAACCUGAAAUACACCAUCAAAUGUGUAGCCUUGGCAAUAUAUUAUCACAUAAAAAACAGAGACGUGGACGGGCGAAUGUUGUUAGACAUUUUUGAUGAGAAGCUGCAUCCUCUCUCGAAGUCUGAAGUUCCUGCUGAUUAUGACAAAUACGACCCGGAGCAGAAGCAGAUCUACCGCUUCGUCAGGACGCUGUUCAGUGCUGCUCAGCUCACUGCUGAGUGUGCCAUUGUCACUUUGGUAUACUUGGAGAGGCUUCUUACCUAUGCUGAGAUCGACAUCUGCCCCGCCAACUGGAAGCGUAUCGUGCUGGGAGCCAUCCUCCUGGCUUCUAAAGUCUGGGACGACCAGGCGGUGUGGAAUGUCGAUUACUGCCAAAUACUCAAGGACAUCACUGUAGAGGACAUGAAUGAGCUGGAGAGAAAGUUCCUGGAGCUGCUGCAGUUCAACAUCAACGUGCCGUCCAGCGUUUACGCCAAGUAUUACUUCGACCUGCGCUCCCUGGCCGAGGCCAACAACCUCAGCUUCCCCCUGGAGCCCCUCAGCAGGGACAGGGCCCAGAAACUAGAG